CAACACCAUCACACCCGUUCUCCGAACCGACUCCUCCCCCUUUCUUCUUUCGACUCAAGACCACGAUACAUGUAGUCAACUCAAUUGUAGCCAUGUCGGACUCUGAAUUCGACCAGAUCCGCAAGCUGCAGGCGGAGCGCAACGCCGCCGCAGCAGCCAAGAAAGGCAGCGCACGCGAUCCCUCGUCCCAGCGCGAGUCCUCGACCAAGGCCAGUCUGACCGAGGCCUUCGACACUGAACUGUACGAUCGCCCUUUUGACAAGUUUGCCGGUUACCACACCUCGAUUCCCGCCGCGGACGAUGAUGACAUGGACGUCGAUGGCGGCGAUGACAGGUCCCGUCGCCUAAUCGGCCAGUACACGGCGACGCGCGCCCAGAUCGACGAAUUCGCACGCGGCGAUGGCGUCGAGGAGGACGAUGUCCUUGCUGGGCGCGGCGAGCGCAGCAACCGCAUUACGGAUCGCGAGACGGACUACCAGAAGAGGAGGUUCAACCGCGUGCUGACGCCCACGCGCGCCGACCCUUUUGCUGCGAACAGGCAGGCAGGCGCGGCGGAUGGAGAGGGCGAGACGUACAGGGACAUUAUGGAGAAGGCGGACCUGGAGCGCGAGGAGGCGCGAGUCAGGCUGGCGAUCGAGGAGAAGAUAAAAAAUGGCGACGGGGUGAAGAGUGAGGAGACGGAACACAAACCGACACUCACCGAAGGCGACAAGGAGAACCAGGAGGCCGGCUCUACGGAUGCUGCUGCUGGACGGAAGCGAAAGAAGCGGUGGGACGUAGCGACGAUCGAGGAGCCGACACCUGCGCCCGAGACGAAGAGGAGAUCGAGGUGGGACGAGGCCCCGUCGGUUCCCAUGCCUGGGGCAGCAGAGGCUCCCAAGAAGCGCUCUCGUUGGGACCAGGCCCCGGCUGCUACGCCCGUCGGCAAUGCAGGACUAGCGACACCAAUGCACCCGUCUCAAACGCCAGUGGUGCCUGUGCCGCCUCUUGGGGCCGAGGUCUCGGCACGCAACGCGCCCAUCAGCGACGAAGAGCUCGAUGCCAUCUUGCCAGGCGAGGCGGAAGGGUACAAGGUCCUCGAGCCACCUCCAGGAUACGCCCCGGUGCGUGCUCCGGCACACAAGCUAAUGCAGACGCCUGCCCCAGCAGGCGGGUUCAUGAUGCAAGACCCCAACUCUUCUCGACUGGCAGCACACCAGCUUCCGAAGGAGAUCCCCGGUGUGGGCGACCUGCAGUUCUUCAAGCCGGAGGACAUGCAAUACUUCUCCAAGCUGACGGAGAGCGUUGACGAGGACCACCUGACCGUGGAGGAGCUCAAGGAGAGAAAGAUCAUGAGGCUGCUGCUCAAGAUCAAGAACGGUACACCGCCCAUGCGAAAGACUGCACUGCGACAGCUGACCGACAAUGCACGAAGCUUCGGUGCCGGCCCGCUGUUCAACCAGAUCCUGCCUCUGCUCAUGGAGCGCACCCUCGAGGACCAGGAGCGCCACUUGCUUGUCAAGGUCAUCGACAGAGUCUUGUACAAGCUCGACGAGCUGGUGCGACCCUACACACACAAGAUUCUGGUAGUCAUCGAACCCCUUCUCAUCGACCAAGACUACUAUGCCCGGGUCGAAGGCCGUGAAAUCAUCUCCAACCUGGCGAAAGCCGCUGGGCUAUCGACCAUGAUCAGCACCAUGCGGCCAGAUAUUGACCAUGUUGACGAGUACGUGCGAAACACCACAGCACGGGCCUUUGCUGUCGUUGCAUCAGCGCUCGGUAUACCUGCCCUCAUCCCCUUCCUGAGAGCCGUUACCAGGACCAAAAAGAGUUGGCAGGCAAGGCACACGGGUGUCAAGAUUGUACAGCAAAUUGCUAUCCUCAUGGGUUGCUCUGUCCUGCCUCAUCUAACUGACCUGGUGGAGUGCAUCCGGCCGAACCUCAACGACGAGCAGACCAAGGUGCGCACCGUUACCGCUCUUGCAACAGCAGCAUUGGCAGAAGCUGCCAACCCAUAUGGUAUUGAGAGCUUCGACAGCAUCCUCAACCCUCUGUGGACGGGCACCAAGCGGCAGAGGGGAAAGAACCUGGCAGCAUUCCUCAAGGCUGUUGGAUUCAUUAUCCCCCUGAUGGACGAGGAGUAUGCAAACUAUUAUACCUCGCAGAUCAUGGACGUCGUUCUGCGGGAAUUUCAGAGCCCUGACGAUGAAAUGAGGCGGGUUGUCCUGACGGUUCUGUCCAAGAUGUCACAGACAGAGGGUGUGACGGCUGGUUAUCUCAAGUCUCACGUACUUGACGACUUUUUCUCCAACUUCUGGGUUCGGAGAGUUGCUCUCGACAAGCGGAACUACCGAUCGGUCGUUGAGACGACGUGUGAUCUUGGACAGAAAGUUGGCGUCAGCGAGAUCCUAGAAAGGAUUGUGGGCAAUCUGAAAGACGAGAGUGAAGCAUAUCGCAAGAUGACCGUGGAAACGAUCGAGAAGCUGGUCGCCUCAUUGGGCGCCGCUGACAUCGGUGAGCGUUUGGAAGAACGGCUCAUUGACGGAAUUCUACACUCCUUCCAGGAACAGUCUGUCGAGGAUGUAGUCGUUCUCAACGCGUUUGGCUCGUGUGUAAACGCACUUGGCACUCGCACCAAGCCAUACCUCCCCCAGAUUGUCAGCACGAUUCUCUGGCGACUCAAUAAUAAGACUGCGCAGACUCGCCAGCAGGCCGCAGAUCUCAUCUCACGCAUUGCGAUGGUCAUGGCGCAGUGCGGGGAGGACGCUCUGCUAGGCAAACUCGGCAUCGUGCUGUACGAAUAUCUGGGUGAAGAGUACCCCGAAGUACUCGGCGCCAUUCUCGGCGCCCUGCGGUCCAUCGUGACCGUCGUUGGUAUCAACCAGAUGCAGCCGCCCAUCAAGGACCUGCUGCCGCGCUUGACUCCCAUUCUGCGAAAUCGCCACGAGCGGGUGCAGGAGAACGUCGUCGAUCUUGUCGGACGAAUUGCAGACAGAGGGCCCGAGUCCGUCAACGCGAGAGAGUGGAUGCGUAUCUGUUUCGAGCUGCUCGACAUGCUCAAAGCGCACAAGAAGGGCAUUCGGAGAGCUGCCAACAAUACAUUUGGUUUUAUCGCCAAAGCUAUUGGUCCGCAGGAUGUGCUGGCAACGUUACUGUCCAACUUGAGAGUGCAAGAGCGCCAGAGUCGUGUCAAUACCGCUGUUGCUAUCGGUAUUGUGGCGGAAACGUGUGCCCCAUUCACAGUUCUCCCUGCCAUCAUGAACGAAUACGCCUCUGUCGCCGAGCUCAACGUGCGCACCGGUGUACUGAAAUCGCUCUCCUUCCUUUUCGAAUAUAUCGGCGAGAUGGCCAAGGACUAUGUCUAUGCCGUGGUGCCGCUGCUCGAGGACGCCCUGAUCGACAGGGACCAAGUGCACCGACAGACCGCCGCCUCCGUGGUCAAGCACAUUGCUCUAGGCGUCGUCGGUCUCGGACUCGAAGAUGCCAUGCUCCAUUGUCUGAACCUCAUCCUGCCUAAUGCGUACGAGCAGUCCCCGCACGUGAUCGACCGGGUCAUCGAGGCAAUUGAGGCCAUUCGCGUGGCUAUUGGACCAGGACUGGUGAUGAACUACGUCUGGGCGGGCCUGUUCCACCCGGCCAGGAAGGUCAGACAGCCAUUCUGGCGAAUGUAUAAUGAUGCGUAUGUCAUGCAAGCGGAUGCGAUGGUCCCCUAUUAUCCGAAUUUGACAGAAGAGGGUAUCGAUAGAGGAGAGCUGGCUAUCGUGUUGUAGUAAGUAGGUGUUGGGGUGAUCCUGGGCGUCAUUAUAAUAUAGGCUGAAUCAAUGCAUUGGAGGUUGUUGGUG